AUGUCUUCCAUCGUCUCUUACGAGAGCCUGGUGCACGCCGUGUCCGGCGCUGUGGGCAGUGUGACUGCAAUGACUGUAUUUUUUCCUUUGGAUACAGCUAGGCUUAGACUUCAGGUUGAUGAGAAGCGGAAGUCUAAGACAACACCAGCUGUUCUACUGGAAAUAAUCAAAGAAGAAGGCCUGUUAGCACCAUAUCGAGGAUGGUUCCCUGUUAUCUCCAGCCUUUGCUGCUCCAAUUUUGUUUAUUUUUAUACAUUUAAUAGUCUUAAAGCCCUUUGGGUCAAAGGUCAACAUUCAACAACUGGGAAAGACUUAGUUCUUGGGGUUGUUGCAGGUGUAGUGAACGUACUCAUGACUACUCCUCUUUGGGUAGUGAACACACGUCUGAAGCUGCAGGGAGCAAAAUUUAGAAAUGAAGACAUUGUACCAACGAACUAUAAAGGCAUAAUAGAUGCCUUUCAUCAGAUAGUAAGAGAUGAAGGAGUCUUAGCUUUAUGGAAUGGUACUUUCCCCUCCUUGCUACUGGUCUUCAACCCUGCCAUACAGUUCAUGUUUUAUGAAGGCUUCAAACGCAAGCUUUUGAAAAAGCAGCAGCAACUCACAUCUUUGGAUGCUUUUGUCAUUGGUGCAAUAGCCAAAGCAGUUGCCACCACGCUCACUUAUCCUCUGCAGACAGUACAGUCAAUUCUGCGGUUUGGGCGCCACAGGUUGAACCCAGAGAACCGAACGCUAGGCAGCCUGAGAAACGUUCUCUACCUUCUUCAACAGAGAGUGCGGCGUUUUGGAUUAAUGGGACUCUACAAAGGCCUUGAAGCAAAGCUCCUGCAGACAGUCCUUACUGCUGCUCUUAUGUUUCUAGUGUAUGAGAAACUGACAGCUGCCACCUUCACAGUCAUGGGAUUAAAGCAUUCACGCAGACACUGAAAAAAGAACCUAUGCCAAAGAUUACAGGGUCUAGAAAACAUGUUUCCUUUCUGAGACCAGGCUGGGUGACAAAGGGUCCUCACUGUCUCUGUUUCUCUUUCCUGUUAGCCACUUCCAUCUUCAGUAUUUGGAGAAAUUUGGGAAUACACUCUUUAGGACCUGUUGCCAUAAAUUCAGGGAUAGCCCGUUCCCUGCUCUUCUGUGGACUUGCUCUGUUACAAAAUAAGGCAGAGACCUUAUUUAAGCACUUGACAUGCAAUUUGGAGUACUAUAUGAUUUGUUUGACAUUCUUGGAAUGAAUGAGUAUCUCACUAUACUUUCCUCAAGUCAUCAUCAGCUGUUCUUCUGUCUUUACCUUCUGCCAACAGCU